AUGGCCGACGCUGCGAAUCAAAUCCUUGCGGCCGUCAAUGAGCACGAAGAGCUGCCUAGGACGAAAGAGAAGCUGGACGAGCUGUCCACCGCCGCCUCGAUUCACUACUCCACCAAGAACUUCGCUGCAGCUGCCGAGAAUUAUGCCAACGCCGUGGAGAUACAAGCCGAGCUUAACGGCGAAAUGGCCCCAGAGAAUGCCGAGCUGCUGUUUUACUACGGUCGCGCGCUGUACAAGGUCGCUGUCGCCAAGAGCGACGUCCUAGGCAACAAGGUGGCACAAGAAGACAAGAAAAAGAAAAAGUCGAAGAAGGCAGCAAAGGCAGGAGCCGAGGAGGGAUCCAGUGCAGCGAAUGGCGCGAAAUCAGAGCCCAAGGAGGAAUCAGUCGACUCAAAACCCUUCUUCCAGCUCACAGGCGACGAGAACUGGACCGACUCAGAGGAGGAGGAUGACGAAGAAGGCGAGCAGGAGGAGGAAGACGACGACUUUGGCUACGCCUACGAAACCUUUGAACUCGCGCGCGUCCUAUACUCGAAACAACUGGAGGCGUUGGAGGGUGGAGAUGCCGCAGAUAAGGGCAAGGGCAAAGCUGAGCUCAGUCCGAAGGCGCGCGCCAUCAAGGAGAAAAUUGCCGACUGCCACGGUUUCCUAGUCGACAUCUCACUGGAGAACGAGCGGUUCCACGAUGCGAUAACAGAUGCGCGCUCAGCAUUAGCCUUACAAGAAGAGCUCAAGCCCUUCGAGCACGAGAAUGUCACAGAGGGUCACUACUCGCUUUCGCUGGCACUAGAAUUCGCGUCAGUCACAAAGGUCCGCGAGGACCAGACAGGCAAGUCGGCCGACGCAGGAGCAGAUGCCACCGCAGAGACUGAAGACAAUAAAGACGGCAUUGACUGGGAUCUGCGGAACGAAGCCGCCAAGCACACCGAGCUCGCCGUUCAGAGUCUGCAAGCUCGGCUGAAGAAGGAGGAGGAUGCGUUAGCGUCCGACAAAUUGACGCCGGAGCAGAUCAAGGAGAAGCGAGCCAUCGUCGAGGAGAAGAAGGCCAUGCUGGAGGAGCUCUCGACAAGAGUGACUGAUCUCAAGGCCGAUCCGACAAAGCAAGAGUUUGAUAGCCUCGACCCAUCGGUCUUCCAAGGCUUAUUGGGUGGUCUCCUUGGCGCGGAUGCAGCGACGCAGAAGGCGAAGAUUGCAGAAGCUACGAAGUCCGCAAAUGACGUGAGCGGCAUGGUCAAGAAGAAGGCGAAGCCGGCACCGGCAGCUGCGCAAGCGUCAGGCAGUGGGAAGAGGAAGCUUGAAGUCGAUGGUGCCGAGGCGAAUGGCAAGAGAGCGAAGACGGAGGAGCCUGCGUCAUGA